AUGGGUAAUAUAUUUCGAUCAUGCUUCGGCAAAAAGGACGUCGAUAAGAGUCCCCCUCCACGCCCAGUCGCACCUCCAAUGUCGUCCACCCAACCACCAAAGCCGACAUCACCACUUGCGAAUGAGGUCAAGACCCCUCCAGUCAAGCCUCCUCCCCAGCCAGCAACCACAGAAACGCCGAAGCCCAAGCCGAAACCCAAGCCCGCCCCGACGACCACGAGGGGAUACGGCGGCUCUGGAGGGUAUAGUGGCUCUCCUCACACUGGAAGCUACAACAACACUUCCACUGUUGCUCAGAACUGGGCUUCACUAGGUGACACCAGCUAUAGUGGAGGCCACGGAGGUAGCAGUGGCUAUAGCGGAGGUGGUUACAGUGGGCCGCUCAACGGCAUAGGCUAG